AAUGAUACCUUCAUGCUAAAAGUUCAUGUGCUCAAGCAAAGUAAUUUAUAAUUUUGCUGUGGCUAAUUAAACAAGAUAUGUAAUUAGUUGACAUUAUAAUUAGAGUUCUUCUUAACUCCAAUAUUAUUAGAGUUUAAGAAUUCACAAAGAUAAAUCUGUACCUUCAAUUUUAAAUAAUUUAUUGAUUAAUCACAUGUUGAAAUAUGAUUGGGUUGUAGAUUAAGGUCCAAAACUAUUUGAUUUACUUUAUGCUAUUUGUGGAACGAGAUUGGCCAAUUUUCUAGUCAAUCAUACUAUUGGAAAAGUGUUCACUGCAGGGGAAAACCUUGAAAGUGUUGAAAGAUAUCUAUCUUCAUCCAAUAAUAGUAAUAAUAUUUUGAACUCUAUAAAGAAAUUUCAUAUAUAAUUGAUUACUGUUCAGAAGCAGUUGAGGGUAUAGAUGAUUGUGAAAAAUUUUAUGAUGAGAACAGUUCUAUAUUUAGACAAACAGUUUUAGAGUGUGCCAAGAAACCUGAGAAGAAAAAUAUGAUUGCAAUAAAGGUUUCUAGUUUAAUUGACAUGAAUUUACUGAAGUAAAUCAACAAAGCGAGAUUAAAUAUUUUUGAAAUGUUCUAUAAAAUUAGUGAAGGCAAAUCAAUUAUAACAGUUGAAUAGGUUUCUUUAUAUAUAUAUAAUUUUUAGGUAUUCUCUUAUCUUAAAGAGUAAGGAAUUAAUUUGAAUGAAAACGAAUAAAAAUAAUUUAUUAAAAAUGUUUUAAAAUUCAAUAAGAAUGAAAUAGAAAUUGAUGAAAUAACAUGGAGAUAUAGAGUAUAACCUAUAUUCAUGUUUGAAACAGAAUUAAAUAGUAAUCCUGCUAUUAAAUACUUUAAUAAUUUAAAUGAAAAGGAUCUCUUUUUAUUUGAAUAAUUUAUAGAGAGAGUAAAAUAUUUUAUGGAUCCUGCUUUAUAAAAUAAGGUUUGUGUAAUGGUUGAUGCAGAAUAAACUUAUUUAUAAUGGGCAAUAGAUAGUUUUUCUGAAUAAAUGGAAGCAUAUUAUAAUUAAAACUAAACAUUAGUAUAUAACACAUUUUAGAAUUAUCUCAAAUAAACAAAAGAGAGAGUAGACUUUGAAUUAGCAAAAGCAAAUAAAUUUAAAUUAAAUAUUGGUAUAAAAAUGGUAAGAGGAGCUUAUAUGGUUGAAGAAUCCAAAUUAGCAAAAGAAUAAGGUAAAGAAAAUCCUAUUAAUGAUGGAUAUGAAGCAACUACUUCUAUGAUAGAAAGAAACUUAGAACAAUUAAUUUUAAACAUUCGUAAAUCACCUACUAAAGUCUUUGUUGCUAGUCACAAUGAAAAAACAGUAGAUUUUGUUAAAGAAUUAAUGCAUAGACAUUCUAUUCCAAAUUAAGGAGGUAAUAUUAUUAAAUAUUUAAUUUAGAUGUAUUAUUUGCUUAAUUGUAUGGAUUAUCUGAUCAUGUUACCUAUUAAUUGGCUAGUGAAGUAUUAAAAUAUAUCUAAAUUAUAUAGGGAUAUAGAAUAUAUAAAUAUGUACCUUUUGGAAAAACUGAGAUUAUGAUCCCUUAUUUAAUGAGAAGAGCAUAAGAAACUAAGAAAGUACUAUAAUCAAGUUCUUUGUAAACACUCUUAUUGAUUGAUGAAUUAAAAUACAGAUUUUAUUUGAAAUGA